UUCCAUUGGUCGGUGAUGCUCGAGAUAACAUGGCGGCGAUCGGCGCGCGAUUCGUUCCUAAACGCGGUCAGUAGGUUACGCAACCUCGCGACACGCGCGUCGUCGUCGUCGUCGUUGUCGUUAUCGUUAUUCAGCGGCAGCACCUCGGGUCGAUUUGACGGUGACGGAGGUGCGGUCGGCCGUGGAUGCGGCGACGAGUGGCGAGCGCGCAAAAUGGCGCCUACGCGUGUAAUUUUGAUGUCAUGCGGCAGCUAUAACCCACCGACAAAUAUGCACCUGCGGAUGUUUGAAAUUGCUCGAGACCAUUUGCAUCGAUUGGGAACCCAUGUCGUCGUCGGCGGAGUGAUUUCUCCGGUUCACGACAUGUACGACAAAAAGGAACUGGCCAGUGCUACUCACAGAUGUGCCAUGCUGCGACUGGCGUUGCAGAACAGCGACUGGAUCAAGCUGAGUACAUGGGAAACCAGACAGAAUUGUUGGACCAAGACCCGCAUGAGUUUGCAGCACCAUCAAAAUCUGCUCAACUCCAUGCUGUCUGAUUCCAAUGACAUCAAGCAUCAUCUGCAGAUAGAAGAUACUGAAUGGAUUCCUGAGAAUGUGAAAAACAGUGUGGACAAUACACCGAUACAGAUUAAACUACUAUGUGGCGCUGACCUUCUGGAGAGCUUUGGCGUUCGUGGACUUUGGCUGGAGGACGAUAUUGAUGCAAUUGUUGGCGAGCAUGGACUUGUAGUCAUCACCAGGGAAGGUUCCAAUCCUAAUAGGUUCAUUUAUGAUUCGGAUAUCCUCUCCAGGCACAUGAAUAAUAUCUGUAUUGUGACUGAAUGGAUCCCGAACGAAGUUAGCUCGACGAGAAUCAGAAGGGCUCUGAAGCGCGGCGAGAGCGUUCGAUACUUGCUGCAGGACUCCGUCAUCGAUUACAUCUACAAGCACGAGAUCUACGACGCGAGAAUGCCAGACACGACAAUUAAGUUGGAAUUGCCGUCGCCGAAUGCGAACAAUUACCUGCACAUAGAUCCCCGAUACCUAACCGCAUUGUUAACGCCAUCGCCCAGCGAUGUAACCAUGGGCUCGCCGAGCCCGUCUAUCGAUAUGCCGGACGCGGUGGUGCUACGCAAAAACCUACAGAAUGCUACGGGCGGUGGUGGCGGGCUCGACGAGAUUCGCGAGCAUUUCGUUAGCGCGAUCAGCAACAACGCCGACAACGGCAACGUCAAGCACGUAUCUAGAGCCGCGUAUCCCGGUCAAGCGAAACAGAUCAUCGCCAGUGCGACCGGCGUCGCGCGAAUUGUAGACGAGGUAGGUGCGCUUGACGAGUCCAAGUCCCAGCCUGGCCCCUCGUCGGAAGAGGGCCGUAGAUCGAUAGAUAGUACAGCUAGUGUUGGACAGAGAGAGGUCUCGGAUUUUAGAUCCAAGACGGAAAUCAUUGAUGUGGACUUAGGUUCAAACGAUGGUCACGAGAUAAUAGUAAAAAUUUCUUCGAGUUCUAGCGAAUUGGCGUCAAAUGAGGAUCGUAGGUUGAUAGACGGUAUUGCGAGGGAUAAAGACGAAUCAAAUCUGAGAUCUAAGGCGGAAAUUGUUGAUGUAGAUUUGGGUUCUGGUGAGCUCAUCUCAAAAGAAUGUUCCAAGUCAAUAAUAAAAAGUGCAGCAAAGGAUAAAGAUACUUUCGAUUUGAGAUCUAAGAUGGAAAUUGCUGAUGUAGGUUUAGAUUCGACUGACGGUCGCGAAUUAAUGAUGAAUGUUCAACCUAGCGAGUCGAGUUCGACCGGCGAACUUCGAUUAGGAGAAUGUUGCUGGCCGAAAAGAGAAGACGAUGCUCGCGAUAGAAAAGUCAUUUCUGAGAAGAAAAGAAUCGAUAUAGAGUUAGGUUUAGAUGAUAAAAACGCGCUGAAAGAAACACGUAGGUCUAUGGUAGAAACGAUCGAUGACGAAGCAAGUUUGGAUCGGUCUAGCAAAAUUGGAUCGGAGAAAAGUCCUAGACCGGUGGUAAAAAGCGUCGUAGACGGAAAAGUUGAUGUUAGCAACAAAGAAAUAGUCGACGUAGAGGUAGAGUUUCCUGAUGUUGUUAAGGUUCAGCCUGUUCAUUCCAGUCAUGGUAUACCGCCGUUAAAGGAGGAUCGUAGGUUAAUGAUAGAGAAACUUACGAAUGAACUUAAAAUUAAGCUUGACGAGGAAAAGAGUAAAUCUAAAGAAAACUUACAGAUAGAUAAGACAGGUAAAAAUGAUACGAAGCCAACUAAAAUUAGCGCAAAAGACUGUAUGUACGUCGAACUCGACGACAAUGUAGAAAUUGACUCCCAAAAAGAGAUAGACGAUUUCGAAUCGGAUAGAGCUAAAUAUCUAGAAGCCAAGACGACUUCAUCGUUGAAUGUUUCAAUGACGUCACUGGACGGCCGCUACGAGUGCGCUCUUUCCGAUUUUAGCGUAGACAAAGAAGAUUAUCGCUUUAGCCAAUAUGGUUCCGAGGAGGAUGAAGAAGAAAAGAAGAAACCUGUAUAUACUGCCAGACUGAAUUUGACGAAAUACGCUGACGGUCAAAUAGAAGACGUGACAAAUAACCUAGCUGACUCUGCAAAUGAUUAUGAAAAGAUCGAUAAUCGCACAAAGUCUUCCGAAGAAACAGAUCAGUUGAAAUAUGUGGAAGAAUCAUUUUCAGUGGCAGACGAUAAGGAUUGUCUUGAAGGCGGGGAACGUACGGAAGAAAUAUUCAUAACGUCGCGAGAGGUUGACAAGAACAGGGCGGAGAAAAGAUCAGAAUUAGAUACUCAUCCCUCAGAAAAACGGAUAACGCCUUGCGAGUCUAGUCUCGAGAUAGACGGCAAGUAUCGAAAAUCGAUUGUAAACUCUCGCAAGAGUCCGAGGAAGAUCAGAGAAGGUCAAGUCCGCGACGUUGAGUUCAAGGAGCAGUAUCGAUUACCUGACGAUCCGCAGGCGCUUCAAUCUGAAGCGUUUCAAAGUUCCUCUAUGAAGAUGAAGAAUUCUGAAAAGGUCAAGCAAGAACGGACUUACAUAGAAAUAGUUGAUAUCGAGGAGGAAGGUCAAAGUGCUAAGGACCGAGAGGUUUCUCGUGCAGAGAAAAAUUCUUCGAGAUCGUCCUCCGUGAAAAAGAAGAGUUCCAGAAAACUCGAGGUGCAAACAGACGAAAGUGAGCGCGAAAUGAGGGAUCCUGAUAGAUCCUUCCAUAGUGAUCAAGAGACGUCUCGAUCCAGAAAGUCGUCUCACAAAUCUUCAAAAGUAUCUACAAGAGCAAAAAGCCCCAAAAAGAAAGGUCAAGUCUUUUAUAGAAGCGAAGAUACGAAAGAUUACGCUCGAUCUGUCAACGAUCGAGUGAUUUCUCAAUUGGAGGCAGUCUUUCUAGAUUCUCCGAAAAAAUCUUCAAUGAAAAGAGAUUCCGAGAGCGAAUUGAAGAAGCAAAGUCGAUAUGCUGAGGAGGCGUCGCGAACUGAAGAACUCUCUCAGCGUUCUUCGAGAACGUCUUCCAUGAAGAGUCCGAAGAAGACUCAUCAAACUCAGAAGGCUGUGAAAAUGAAAGAUAAUCAAGGACAAGAAGCAAUAAAAACGGCAAAAAACACUGAUAAUAAAACAAAGUGCGACUUCAAAGAGAUUAAGGACGUAUAUACGAGGAAAGUGCGACGUUAUAACGUGCCUCUUCAGGGCAGCUUGGACUCGAUGAUCGUGUCCGAUGAAAAAUCUGCGCAGCAACCCAAGAAAGACGACACGUUCUCGAAGAAAUCAAAGAGCUAUGAAUCGAUCAAGCGCAUCCAGGAGGUGUUUUUGGGAGUUCCGCCGACGAAGGCGAACAGUAGCGGCUCGCAACUCGACAUUCCGGAUGAAUUCUGCUCGAUCUGCUGUUACAUGAAUGAAAUCACCUUCCGAACGGAGGAGGAAGUGAGCAGCCCGAAUCAAGAGACAUUUUACACUCUUAGAUCGACCUGCAGCUCAAUAGCCGACGACGAUUCCAUCGAGUGCGACAUUUGUCUUCAGGAGUCCGCCAACGAGCUUGAAGGCAAGAUUCAGGAGAUUCCCUGCGAGAUCUGUACAAUUUGUGGCGAGGUGGACGGCAGUUUUGAUCACGAUUCUACAAUACCGGCGGAUAGGUAUACUUACAAAAUGAUCGAGCCGCACCGAGAUGACGACGACAGCUUUGAAAUUGAAAACUGCGGUUUUCAGAGCGGUACGGAAUCGGCUGAUGAUCGAAGCAGGGUCUCUGAUAAAGAGAAAGAGAAAGUCAAGGAUUCUGAAAAAUCCAAGUUACAGUCCCUGUUCCAUCACGGUUCUUCGAGAAACAGGGAUCAGCCACGGGAAUUGUAUUUUAUACCCAAAGACGAGAUUGCGAUUUUAACGAGCGGAUCCAAAAAGGUAAAUCGCAAAGGCUCCUUAUUUAGAAAAAAGGAGGACAGCGGAAGUGGACGAGAAAAGAGACGAUACUCUUCAGUGGAUAGUCUCCAACUAGCAAAGAUAGCCUCGAAGGCGGGCGAUAAGAUGCGCAAGGUUGCGAAGAAUGCUGCAACGCUGAUUGGAUCUACUGAUAAUCUGCGAAUAUCGAGAGAUUCGAGAAGGUCGAAAUCCCUGUCGAGAUCGGCCGAUGAUGCCGGACCGAAGAAGUCGGACCGUCUGAAUAAGUCCACCGACAAUCUCAACUCUCAGACGCAAAGUUUGGGAAAGGAAAAUGAAGCUGGAGGCUCAACCCAGCAACUAAACAUCCGAGAUAAAGAGGAAGUGAAGAUGAUUCUCACGCAGCACGGAAUUAAGAUCAUCAGCGAGAAGGAGACUGCCUUAUAAUCGGAAUUGGCCGGGUAUUUAUAAGUGAUUCGAUUAUGCAAAAGAAGAAAAAUGGGAUAUUGAAGUAUUUUAUGCAGUUGAAAUUAUAUGAAAGGAGAAUACGAUGUGCGACUCAAAAGAGACGUCUCGCGCCGAUUAUGUAUAUGUGACAGCAAUAGAAAGAGGAAAUUUUUUUCUGGAUAUUAUGUAAACCAAGUAAAUAACCGAGAAAAACGUGCGAAAUUUUUCUGUAGUGGCUUAGAAGAUAUAUACAGAGCGCCCACGCGCGCAUGCGCUCAGCAUAGAAAUAUAUUAAAUUUAGAAAUAUAUUAAAUGAAGGAUUUAAUUGUUGCGAAAGCUUCAUCGGUUUUUAGACAAGUAUUUUCGCGCACGUAUAAUUGCUUUGAUAAAAGCCGAUAAAUCUUUUAUAACCAGAUAGUACAUAGUUAUAUUUAAACAUGUUGUACAGGCUAUUACUUAGUGAGAAAUGACUUAUCGAAUUGAUGUCAAAACGAUAACUGUUUGAUAAUUUUGACGUUGAAUCAAUGUCGAAUCGACAUCGAUUCCGUUAUCAUUUCUCACUGGGUACAGUUAAUAGAAUUCAUAAAAUUAUCAAGACUUUUUUCAUGAAUUCUGUUAAUUAGUUAAGUUUAAACGUACAAUUAUGAAGGAUCCUGUAUAAUUGAUUAAAUAUAACUCUUGGAAUAUAUGCGUUUGCGUGAUACAUUACACAAAACUGCGAAACAAACAUUGAUAUUGAUUGAUUGAUAUAUUGUUAAUUAACGAUUAACAAGAAAGAUUUAACAAUUAAUAUAGGAAUAUAUAUAUAUUUAAUAAUUAAUUUAACGGAAAGAUAAAUGUCAGAUUAAAAUACUAUAAAAAUUAUAGGCAAAGCGUAAUUUUGCUAUUAAGUCGGCAUCUCGGCUUUACAUAAACACUUACGCCGUUACAGUAUUACAUAAUUAUUGUGAUAGAGUUGUGUUAUUAUUAUUAAAUACGACUUUAAACCGAUAGCUCGGUAUCGAUAGGAAGGACCAACGGAAGAAAUUGUUAUUCUCGAUGAACGAUCGGGAAAUUGUUGGAUGAUUUACGCAAGAGUUGCAUAUGGUAUACAACAAGACAAUCCUAGUAUUAUCACAGUCAAUAUUGCACAGAACAAUUAUAGCUGUAAGUGACAAAGCGAUACAUCGAUUUAAGGAUAGCGCUUCACUCUGAAUUUAUACAGAGCGUCCCGAAAAAUGUGAGGAAAUUUAUCAUUUUUUGGAUACAUUGCUUCUCUCAGGUAAACUCCCCCAGAUGUUCUUCCCGGAUGUUCUUCCAGGUGUUCUUCUAGAUGUAGGAAUGUAAUCACAAAUCCAAGUUCCAUGCUGUAUUUAAUGAGCGUGAUACUAUUAAUUAUAGUUUAAUAAUUUAAUGGACAUGUUUUAAAUGGUUAAUGAUAAUAACUGAAAGUUACGAAGAUAUUUCAGCGUCGACAGCGUUUUUGCCAAGAAACGAAUUUCAAACUCAACCAAAUAUUUCUUAAAUCGAUUUUCACGUUUCUUCGGGACAUCUUAUAUGCAAAAAAGUGACGAGAGACGUGCCAAAGAAGAUUGCGAAAGAAUUUGUAUUACGCUAUAAUUAUUAAUAAGCUCCUGUGCAUUUUUUUAUAACUUUUUACUCGUGUCUGUAUGUCUAUUUAUUUGUGCAUGCAAAUGCUAAGUACCAUUACGAAACCGUAACGAAGAAAUAUUUCGCGUGUGUUUGGGAGCAUAUUUUAGCAUACUUUUUUAAUUGCGUAUAGGUCGUCGUUAUUACAGCGCUAUUGGCUCCCUUCUUCCGUGGCUCGCUUGAUGUUAGACUCUUUCAUGUUAGACGAUGUUUCGUAACUUUGUUUUUUAGACCCAACUAUGUUAACAUCAAGCAUUUGGAAUGCUAACGUUUAUCCAAUUUGUACUCGGUGAUUUUGUCAAAACAAAACAAAACAAAAAAAAACCCUUUAAGCUUUGUUUCCCUUUACUGCAUGUGAUGUUGCGCAUCUUUAUUGCUUGAGAAAUACGUUCAACGAGUCCAACGAUAAGUAAUCUCCGGUUUAAUUAGCACACCAAGAAUGCCUUUAAAUAUUAAAGUGGAAUCACCGACAAGGAGUACCUCUAAUCCUUUCGGACCCUGAUUUCGAUUCCCGUAACAACACCUUUGAAGAAAGAUUUCCAAGUAAAGGCUAAAGUGAAGUCUACAAUGAAUCUCUUUGAUUCUUUGGACCUAUCAAAUCCCUUUUUGGGUCCGAUCUCAUUUCGAUUAGCGUAUCAGGUAUUCUUAGGGAACCGAGUUGAUAAAA